UAAGCCCCAUUGUACCGAAUUUGAGUUCCACUGGGGGUGAUCGCGGGCGAGUGCAAAAUGAAUGGGUCUAUGGAGCUAGACGGCUAAAUUGGUCUUUUUCGCUUGAUUGUCGUUGAGAAAUCUCAGAUUUGAUUGUAGUUUUUGCAAGUUCAAUAUGGAUUAUAGGUCAAAAGUUGAAUGAACUAGUACUUAUGUCCUUUCGAUAACUUACAGGGUGAGUCGUUGUUGCCCAUAAAUUUCCCGAGAGUGGCAGUUCUCCCCAUAUUAGACAUUAUCUGACUAUACGGUCAUUGGAUAAAUGCUGCGAUUAUGUCCCGCCCACGGACGCUCAGCGUCUCUGAGGGUGAAUGGAGGAGUGAGCUGGCCUGGACUCCGAGCUUCUGCGUAGCUAUUGCUAUUUCAUAAAAUUAUACACCACAUUCCUUGUUUCAGUUUAACCGAAUUCCCACAAUUCCUCCCUCGAGUUUAAUAUUGUUUCGUUAGAUUGUUCGUUCAUUAACUCAAUACAGUAGGCUAGGCUAGUGUCGUAGGGGUGAAUUAGCCAGCUACAGUAGCAAACUGCACACGAUGGCAGACAAUGCUAAUAUUGUCGACCUGAUUUUGGCGAAGCCAUUUGAAAGUCUUCCUUACGAGGAGAAACUUAGAAUUAAACAACAGGGCAGAUCAACACAUAAGAUUGAUUUGGUUCAAAGUAACAGGUCUUUUCAGCUCUCCUGGUAUGACAAAGUUAGCUGGCUGACUGGAAGUGCUGUGACAAAGAAAAUGUACUGCUGGCCAUGCCUCUUGAUGAAACCAUCUCACGGAUGUGUUGUUUGGUCAAAGGUGGGGUUUGGAGAUCUGUCUAACUUUGACAGGGCAUAUAAAAGGCAUGAAAAGAGCAAUGAACAUGUAAGGUCAUGUGCAAGAUUAAGUUGCAUGGGCAAGAUCAAGGUUGAGCAUGCAAUCAAUGAAGGUGCUCGCAUUCAAGUCGCUAAACAUAAUGAAACGGUCAAACAAAACAGGGCCUUCCUAAAACGCCUAAUUGAUGUGACGUCCUUGCUUGGCCGGCAGGAGCUGUCGUUUAGGGGACGUGACGAGAGUAGUGAAUCAUCCAACAAGGGGAAUUACAGGGAGUUCACAGAAACGUUAGCUAAAUAUGACUCUGUCUUGUCUGCACAAUUCGAGUCCUCAACUGUGUUUUCUGGUAUGUCCCAGACUAUUCAAAAUGACUUGAUCUUUGCUCUUGCAGCCACCGUUUCUGAUGAGAUCAGAGAUGAAAUUCAGGAUGCUCCCUUUUUUGGAUGGCAGGUGGAUGAAACAACUGAUAUAUCCUGCCGUGCCCAACUCUCUGUCAUUGUUCGCUAUGUGGAUAGUGCAGGUCAAAUUCAGGAGCGCUUUAUUGGAUUUUUAGAUGUUUCUGGGGGCCGAGAUUCCCGGUCUGUUUUUGAUGUAUUAAAUGAAAACAUGCAGGGCUAUAAUUUUAAGGAUAAGCUUGUGGCACAGACCUACGAUGGGGCUGCUGUCAUGCCUUCAGCUCUCAAUGGUCUGCAGGCUAAAGUGAAAGCAAUAGCCCCCAGUGCCAUGUUUGUGCAUUGCUAUGCACACAGACUGAAUCUGGUGCUGUCACAGGGUGCUAAAUGCUUGCCUGAGUGCAGAAUCUUUUUUGCAUCACUCUCUGGGUUUGCCAAUUUUUUUUCCAAAUCCACAAAGAGGACGUCUUUCCUGGAGUGUGCAGGCUGUUCAAGGUUUCCCAGGAACGCUCCUACUCGAUGGAAUUUCACAUCACGGAUAGUGAGCACUGUGGCAAACAAUUAUGAUGGUCUCCUGCAGACAUUUGAUAACAUCAUUGCAGAUACGACAAUGGAUGAUGAUACACUGGAUGGUGCCAAAGGCUUUGUGAGGAAACUGGAUGAUUUUGAGUUUGUGUUCAUGUUGUACACAUUUGAACAAAUCUUCUCUGAGACUGAUGUGGUCUUUGAUAUUGUCCAGCAGAGGGCUAUGGAUGUCCUUUACUGCAAGAAAAUAAUUGAGUCUGUUCUCGCAUUUGUCAAAGAGAAGAGGUCAGAGGGGGCUUUCCAAGCUGUUUAUGCCAAAGCAGCAGAUCUCACAUCAGACCCACGAGAUGAGCCCAUGAGAAAGCGCCGUCUGACCCAGGAUCCCCAAGAGCGCUUCAGAAAUCUGUACAUGGCCAUCCUUGAUAACAUCUUGGAGCAGAUUCCUCAACGUUUUUCAAAUUUGGAAAGUAUGCUCUUCUUAGAAUUAGUCAAUCCAGGGAAGUUUGAUGACAUGAGACGAGCGUUUCCAGAGGAGGCCUUCCAAAGUGUCCUGAAAAGUUAUGGCCGUCACUUUGAUUCAGGGAGACUGAGGUCUGAACUUCAAGUCCUGUAUUCAGAUCAGGACUUGCAGGGUAACAGGGGAAAGCUGUGUGAUUACUUGGUGUUCCUUAAAGACAUGGAGUUGGACAGUGCAAUGCCUCAGCUUUACAAACUGUUCUCAUUAGUGGCAACCAUUGGAGCUACAUCUGCAGGUGUAGAAAGGAGCUUCUCCUGUUUAAAGCGGCUCAAGUCCUACACCCGUAACACAAUGGGCCAAGGCCGUUUAAGCAGCCUAGCUCUGCUGGCCAUUGAGAGGACACUGGUCAAGUCACUGGAAAAGACGCCUAGUUGGUACGACAGGGUCACAGAGCAUUUUUGAAAAGGAACGUGAGGGUUCGAACUACCUUGAAGAGAAUGUGCAUUUCAGUCAGUGACGUGAAGGUCUGGAACAAACUACAAAAAGAGCUGAAGCAAAGUCCAAGGAUGAGGCUGUGUAAAAAAAAAAAAAAGGCUCAAACUGGUGAUUUUCAGCAGGUACUGUGAUGAAGAGGGGAGGUGAAUGGUAUCACUACUCAGCACUGUAUAUAUGUGUGUAUGCUAUGUGUCUGUAUGUGGGGCAUUUAGGGGCGCUUGGCCCACUUCACUUCUCCUGGUCCUCUGUUGCUGCAUCCUGAGACUGCAGUUGUUGAUGUCUGGCUUCUCUCGCUGGGGGUUUGGGGAGGGUCUCUGUACUCUGUGUGCUGAGGUACAAGGGUGUGAAUGUGUAUUUAGGUGUGAUCGUCUCACAAGGGCCUGCUGUAGGGUUGUUGCUAUAUAGGUUGAAUACAGUUUGGUACGUGGAUAUGUUUUUUAGUUUGUUUUGUGAAUUUUGGAUAAAAGCCUAGUAAUCAAACAGGAAGGUUACUAUAAGGGCAAUUAGAGGGAGAAGGGGUAUGAAUAAAUAAGUUUUGCUUCUUCAUACCCCUUUUCAGACAAUUUGUAUUAAUUCAUGUCUGAAGGUAUAU